AUGAAGGAGACAGCAGUCGUGGCUUGUUUUCUGGCUGAGCUGUCUCUUGCUGCUUUUGUUGUGGCCUCUGAGGGGGCCGCUCAUUGCCCUGCAUUGUGUCGAUGUGAGAUACGACCCUGGUUCUCACCCAGCUCUAUUUACACUGAGGCUGCCACUGUGGACUGUAAUGACUUGGGCCUCUCAGCACUGCCGGAGAGACUCCCACCAGAAACACAGGUGCUGCUGCUACAGACAAACAACAUUGUUAAUGUGGAGAAAACUUUGAACUACUUGGCAAACAUCACUGAAAUCGACUUGUCUCAGAAUAACAUUUCCUCAGUGAGCGAUGUUUCUCUGGGGUCUCUCCCCCAGCUGCUGUCACUCCACAUGGAGGAGAACUGGAUUCAGGAGCUAUCUGACAGCUGCCUCGCUUCCCUGCCCAAUCUCCAAGAGUUCUACAUCAACCACAACCUGAUUUUCUCCAUUAGCCCCAGGGCCUUCCAGGGUCUGAGCAGGCUGAUGAGGCUGCAUCUCAAUUCCAAUCGACUGACAAGCAUUAACAGCCAGUGGUUCCAGCAUCUCCCCAACCUGGAGAUACUGAUGCUGGGAGAAAACCCCAUCCUUGAACUGUCAGACAUGAACUUUGAACCCCUGGCUAACCUCCGAAGCCUUGUGCUUGCCAAAAUGAAUUUGACUGAAGUUCCAGAUCAUGCUCUGGUUGGUCUUGAGCAUUUGGAGAGCAUCUCAUUUUUUGAUAAUUUGUUCAGUCGAGUCCCCCGAGCUGCGCUGAUAAGAGUCCAGAGUCUGAAGUUUCUGGAUUUGAAUAAGAAUCCCAUUGAGAGGAUCCAGAGAGGUGAUUUCACGGACAUGAUGCAUCUGAAGGAGCUCGGCAUUAACAGCAUGCCUGAGCUCGUAUCUAUUGACAGUUUUGCCCUGAACAACCUGCCAGAGCUCACAAAAAUUGAGGCCACCAACAAUCCCAGGCUGUCUUUCAUCCACCCCAGAGCUUUCCACAACCUACCCAGGCUGGAGACUCUGAUGCUGAACAACAACGCUCUGAGCACGCUCCACAGCAGCACUGUGGAGUCCCUGAGCAACCUGCGGGAGAUCAGUCUGCACAGCAACCCCAUCCACUGUGACUGUGUCAUCCGCUGGAUCAACAUGAACAGGACUGCUAUUCGCUUCAUGGAGCCCGAUUCCCUGUUCUGUGUGGAGCCUCCGGAGUACCAAGGCCAGCAUGUCCGACAGGUGCAUUUCAGAGAGAUGGCAGAGAUCUGCAUUCCCCUGAUCUCACCUGGGAGCCUCCUGGAUCGGGCUGAAGUCGUCAAAGGGAGCUCUUUGUCACUGCAUUGCCGGGCGUUUGGAGAACCAGAGCCUGAGGUCUACUGGGUGACACCAUUGGGUGACAGGGUCCUCCCUGGGUGUGUGUUCGAUAAGUACUACAUGCAUCCUGAGGGAACCUUAGACAUCUACGACGCCACGGAGCAGGAAGCUGGCUCCUACACCUGCAUCGCCCACAAUCUUGUUGGGGCAGACCUCAAGUCUGUGACAGUUGCAGUGGACGGAUAUGCUGCCCAGCCUCCAAAGCAACCUCUGCAUGUAUACAUCACAUCAGUCCAAAGUCACUCCGUUUUGGUUUCCUGGGAGAGCUCAGGUGGUUUGGUGUCACAAAUAAACUGGUCUAUUUUAGCGGAAGGCAGCAGCCGCCUCCUGGUGCCAUUCAAAGCCAGGCUUCCUGCUGAUGUCAGAGAGUACCGCAUCAAACAGCUGAGGCCUUCCACUCACUACCAGGUCUGUGUUGAGGUCACUGCGGUACAGCCCGGAUACAGCUGGGACUGUGUCAAUGUGACCACCAAGGAGAGGGCAGCCCCAAGGGACAAAACUGAGAACUGGGACAGUCUGGUGAUGGCUACUUGUGCUGUGAUUUUUAUCGUGGUUGCCGUGGUUUGCUCUGUCAUCUAUACGUCUUUGUAUAGCCAGGUGUUUUACAGGAAACUGACAGUAGACCCAACCGAAACACUGCUGCUUCCCAGCUCUCAGUCCCCCUCCUCUUCUUUCCUGGGAUUUGGUGUGUCUGGGGUCAAGGUGAGGGCAACUGUUAUAGACUUACAGGACGAGUCCAUGUAAGAAACAUUUUGUCUUUAAAAGCACUUUGGGAUUAAGUGAAUACAACGAGUGAUGGAUGCUGGACUAGGUAAUUUAUGUGCCCUCGUUUCACAACUUUUGAUGGGACAUUUUGCACGGGACCUCAGCUGCGUGGCAUCAGAGAAGGAUUUGUUAAAGUAACUGGCUAAAAGCAGAGACUAUUUUGUAUUUCAAAUGUGUCAUUAUAACAACCUUAAUCAGGCAGAUAUCUUGACUAUAAUCUCCAUGGCUACUGGUCAUUCAUGCAACCAGAGUAAAGCACAGCACAGGAACGUUUCUGUCUUGAAUCCCUUGAUGAGACGGCUUUGAUGUCUGCAAAAAGCUUUUUCCUUGCUGUGUUACAUUAAAUGGUGCCAAGCAAAGAUAGUUUAUAAUGGCAUAAAAACUUGUUAGUCUAGUGUACAAUUAAGCUGAC